AUGGGUUCUCUAACAUUAGAGAAGGCCUUUUUCCUUGCUUUAUUUGUCCCAAUACACAUAUGUUUAUGCUCAACCAAUGCUACUUCUGCUUCUGCUAGAGAAGCUACUUCUCUCCUCAAAUGGAAAGCCAGCCUUCAAAAUAGCUCUUGCCUAACUUCAUGGACUAUCUCUCCUAAUAAAGCUUCCAAUUCUUCAAGCCAUCCAAAUCCUAGUGCCAGCCCAUGCACUUGGUUUGGAGUUUCAUGCAAUAACAAUAGAAGCAUUGUUAGAUUGAACCUCACAACUUCAAGUCUACAAGGUACGCUCUAUGACUUUCCAUUCUCAUCUCUUUCGAAUCUUGCGUAUCUUGAUAUCAGUCUGAAUGAACUCUCUGGUCCAAUCCCACCUCAAAUAGGUCAACUCUCCAAACUCAUCUAUCUUGAUUUGUCUGUCAAUCUACUUUCCAGGAUGGUCCCAUUAGAAAUUGGACUGCUAAAAAAUCUUCAGACCCUCCAUUUGGCUGAAAAUAAUUUCAACGGAUCGAUACCUCGAGAAAUAGGUCAGCUAACAUCACUGAUUGAACUUUCUUUGUAUAGCAACAAUCUCACUGGUAACAUUACUGUUUCUCUGGGAAAUUUGAGCAAGUUAGCUUAUUUAUAUUUGAAUCAAAACAAUCUUUCUGGUUCCAUCCCUCCAGAAAUGGGGAAUCUAUUUAAUCUUGUGGAGCUCAACAUAGGCUCCAACCAUCUAAUAGGUUCCAUCCCAUCAAGCUUUGGAAAGUUGAAUAAGUUAGCUAUGCUACAUUUGUUCAAUAAUCAACUAUCUAGUUUCAUUCCCCCAGAGAUUGGGACUUUGAAAUCGCUUUAUAAUCUAAGCCUUCAUACAAACAACCUUUCUGGCUCAAUUCCGACAUCAUUGGGUAAUCUGAGCUCCCUCAAUACUCUGUAUCUCCACACUAAUCAUCUGUUUAGUUCCAUUCCUAAUGAGUUAGGAAACCUGAAAUCCCUCAAUGAUUUGCAAUUUCACCACAACCGGCUGAAUGGUUCAAUUCCUGCUUCAUUUGGUAAUCUGACUGAGUUAAAAAUUUUAUCUCUCUGUGACAACCAGCUUUCUGGCCUUGUCCCACAAGAAUUGGGAAAUUUGGAACUGGUUAUGCUUAAUAUAGACAAUAAUCAACUCUUUGGCUAUCUGCCAAAACAAAUUUGUCAAGGCGGAAAACUGCAGAGAUUGAUUGUAACCAACAAGUUCAUUGGUCCAGUCCCCAAAGGCUUAAGCAACUGCUCAAGCUUAAAGAGAGUUCGCCUCGAUGGCAACCAACUCACAGGAAAUUUGUCUGAAGAUUUUGGUGUCUAUCCAAACUUGGAAUUCAUUAAUCUAAGUGGAAAUGAAUUUCAUGGUGAGCUAUCGGAUAAUUGGGGUAGGUGCAAAAAAUUGAAAACUUUUUGCAUCGCAGGAAACAACAUCACAGGUAGCAUACCAUUGGAGCUAGCAAGUUUACCUCAAUUGCAAUGGCUUGAUCUUUCUUCAAAUCAUUUAUAUGGGGAGAUUCCAAAGGAAUUUGGAAGGUUGGUUUCUAUGUUGAUGCUGCAUUUGAAUGACAACCAACUUUCUGGUGGUAUACCUCAGGAACUAGGGUCACUAAAUGAUCUGUUGUAUCUUGACUUAUCCACAAACAAAUUGAGUGGGCCGAUACCAGGAUUUGUAGGUGACUGGUUGCAAUUGUAUUACUUAAACUUGAGUGACAACAAUUUAUGCCAAGAAAUUCCAAUUCAGAUGGGCAAGUUAGUUCACUUGUCCAUUCUCGAUUUGAGUCAUAAUUCAUUGUCAGGGAAGAUACCAUCGGAAAUCAAAAGUAUGCAGAGUUUGGAAUUGUUCAAUCUCUCCCAUAAUCACCUCUUUGGGUUCAUUCCAAAGGAUUUUGAAACCAUGACUGGAUUGUUGCAUAUUGACAUAGCCUACAAUGAGUUCAACGGUCCCAUCCCUAAUAGCGCAGCCUUUCUGAAUGCUUCCAUAGAAGAAUUGCAAGGGAAUACAGGUCUAUGUGGGAACAUAACGGGAUUGAAACCUUGCCAAAAUCAUUCUCAGGUAUUAAGGUCGGGCCAAAAACUCAUUCUCAUUAUCGUGCUCCCCCUUCUUGGAACUGUAUUUUCUGUGUGUGCAUUCAUUAUACUUCUCAUCAUUGCUAAGAAAAGCAAGAGAAUACCACAAGUGGAACAGAAUACGAUGCACACCAAAGAUCUGUUUUCAAUAACAACUUUUGAUGGGAGAGCAAUGUAUGAUGAAAUUUUACGAUCCACAAAUGAUUUUGAUGCCACAUAUUGCAUCGGACAGGGAGGCUAUGGAACUGUCUACAAAGCAACGCUGCCAUUGGAUAAGAUAGUAGCUGUGAAGAAGCUUCAUUCCUUAUCUGAGAUGGAAGAUCAUAAAGGUUUUCUAAAUGAAGUAAGGGCAUUGACAGAAAUAAGGCAUCGAAACAUUGUCAAAUUUUUUGGUUUUUGUUCACAUGCUCGACAUUCAUUUCUGAUUUAUGAGUACCUGGAAAGGGGUAGCUUGUCCACGACGUUGAGCGUAGAAGAUGAAGCUAAGAAAUUAGACUGGCCUAAGAGGGUGAAUAUUGUCAAGGGAGUGGCUCGUGCUUUGUCAUACAUGCACCAUGAUUGCUCACCACCAAUUGUGCAUCGAGACAUAACAAGUAGCAACAUUUUGCUGGAUACCGAGUAUGAGGCUUGUGUUUCGGAUUUUGGCACUGCCAAGCUACUGAAGUUAGACUCAUCGAAUUGGAGUGCACUUGCAGGCACGUAUGGGUAUAUUGCACCAGAGCUUGCUUCGACAUUGAAAGUAACCGAAAAGUGUGAUGUCUAUAGCUUUGGAGUGUUGACACUGGAAGUGAUGAAAGGAAACCAUCCGGGGGAUUACAUCACUUCUUUUCUAUCUCCAUCAGCAGAGAACAUACAAUUGAAAGAUGUUUUGGACCAGCGCCUUCCAGCUCCCUCUCUUGAAGUUGAGGAAGAAGUGGUGGUAUACAUUAUAGAAUUGGCAAAAACAUGUUUACAUGUUGAUCCAAAAUUUAGGCCAACAAUGUAUGAUGUUUCUCAGCAGUUGUCAACCCGGGCAGGAGCCAGACUUUUUUAG